AUAUGACAAAUCUGAAGCUGUAGCUGAGGAAGUAGCUGGAGCUGGACAACAGUAACGAGGUGCAAGUCCCCAUGGAAGAUUCGAGCCUGUCCAGCAGUGUCGAUGUGGACAAAGGCUUUGCCAUUGCCUUUGUUGUUGUUCUGUUUCUGUUCCUAAUAGUGAUGAUUUUUCGGUGUGCCAAGCUGGUGAAGAAUCCUUACAAGGCCAGCUCCACAACCACAGAACCAUCUCUGAGCUGA